CAAUGAAGACUACUUCUGUGAUAACCCUCUUACGUGUCUAUAUUUAUAAACGACGGAAUUUCCGAUGUGAAGUACGCAGAUUCAGAUGGACACAGUGCUUGUAUCUUUUAUAAUAAUCAUUUCAAGCGGUCAGCAGCCAACAAACAGUCAAAACGGCACUGAAAAUAGUCAAGAUGGAAUAGUUAAAGGCGACAGUCAUGAAAAAGACAGAUGUCCUUCAAGCAUGGACAUUACAAUUGCGGAUGAUACUGAGUCAGAAACAACUGGUUCUGACAAACACAAGUUCGUUGAAGAAAUGAUGUCAAGACAAUCACAUGGUUGCCCAGGCCCUCCUGGCUUUCAGACAGAUCUUCCUAGGUCAAAUGUAACCACUUUUUCUCGUCAUCGGACGAUCCUACAGACAGAAGUCCAAACGCCAAGUAUUUCAAGACCUUCAAACCCGCAAGGAAUUCAAGGCGGGCUUUUCGAUUCGAACGAAAUCCAGUGUUCGAUGCAAAUUAUUUACCCUCCAACAGUGCCAAAUUUGCAAAAUUAUCCAUCGUCAAGUGUUCCAAUGCGUUCAAACCCGUUCUACGGACAAGAUUCUAUAUCAAAAGAGCAGCAGUAUUUGGAACUUCCCUAUCGGCAGACAGGGCGCUUGCUGUCAGGAGUUCAAGAACAGUCUGUACCAGAACAAGACCAACUCAUAUCUGACAACAAUUACAAUCAGCAACGGAAAGUGCAAGGAGUUCAAGCAGAAUAUGAUGAUCAUGAAAAAGAUCUUCUUAAAUCAAAUAAGAGAGAAAAAGAAAAACAAGCUGUUACAUCAGAGCACAUAAAAGAUGAAAACGGCAAACAAUCGGAGAAGCGUGUCAAAUUUAGUGAAGACGUGAAGAUUGACAAAUCUGAAGAUUCUUGCAAAGACCUAAAGGAUUUUAUCAAACAAUAUGUAAAACAGGAAAUAGGGUCCAAACGCUCAGAUAUCAAACGUUUGUGUGAUGCAGUAAUUGUGUAUGACAAGAAUGAUUAUGAAUAUGCUUUUGAUAUGAAAGAUGAAAUAAAAGCUAUGGUCACCAAAGAGCUAAACGAAGAGUUACGGAUAGAAUUAUUUGACGACGAAAAAUUCAUGCAGUCUCAUGUUCAAGUUGUGCAAGAUGUUCUGAAAAAUGCAAGUGUCGUUUUGGUCUAUCUUUCCAAUAAUACGGGAAAUUCGAGACAGGUUCAGUUUUUCAUCGAAGAAGCAAUCGCAUUGACUAGGAUUGGUCCGGUUGACAAGGACGGUCUAGUCUCGGACUGUGAAUUCAGUGUACGGCCAGUCCACUCGCAGGCUUCAUACAAACGUAAUUAUCGGACACCUCCCGGACUAGCCAGUGUCAGCGGAAUCGACUGGUUUGACAAGUCCAAAUACACGUACGACAGAAUCAUUGCAAUCAUGAAAAACGCCAUUCGGAGAAGAAAACUUAUAGAGAACCCACGGCAAGUACAAGACGAGUUUAGACAAACGAUGCUACGAACAGGUUCAAUGACCCAUCAGCAAUUUCACAGAAGGAACGCACCUCAACAUGCGUGGGAUGCUGGUACAAGUGCUUUUACGACCUCAGGGCCACGAUACACGCCGCAGGCUACCACUGAACCUUUGUAUAGAGGAAUGAAUGACCCUACCCAGCAUGGCUUCAACAUAAGUGAUGCUGAAAGCAUGCUGAGACGAAUGAGCAUUGAACCUAACCAAGGUUCCGCUGCGUCCUCUUACACAAAAAGCGGUGAACAUUUUCUUAGAUCGGGUGAAGAAUAUUCACAACCCGAGUACCGUUACGUGUAUGCGAACGUGAAUCCAUCGUUCACACCUUAUAGUGAACCAGUAGAACCUUUCGGUGUUCAACAAAAUAGGGCUUUUGGUCCGGACCUUGGUUAUCGAACUGCAGAGGAAGCUGAAUUUUGCGGUUGCCAUAGAAUAGGUCAGUUUUCAAGGAUCGUAGAGCAGAGUCGUUUUCUCGGACACAAUCAGAUGCCUUUGAACGAGGAGCCGCAAUACAGACGUGAUGGUGGUGACGAAAAACAUGUCAUGGGGCUUGUAAACGACGGUCAAAAGACAAACACCAGUCGUACAAACAUCCGUUCUGCAGACGGGUAUGAUGCCACAAACCAGCCACGCACAAGGCAUUCGGCAAUGCAGCAGGCGCCAGGUGCACAGCGACAAAGACCGACAGAAUAUACUCCCAGACAUAUGCAGCAGAAGACGCUGCAGCAGCAGCAAAAACAAUCAAGAGGUCAGAUGGGUAGUGGCAGAGGGAUUAUAACUUCUGAGAUGUUGAUUUCUAAUCUGUCAACGAACGACGUGGAAAUCGAUAAUCCUACAAGUACACAAGAAAGCAGACGGACGUACGAUCAGGGUCCAGCAGUUAAUGUUUACACAGAAGAAACUGACAGCAGUGAAGACGAGUUGUGGGAUCCACUUGGCAAUCUACCCGGAUCUAAAGGCGGGCGGGUAGUAAACAUUGUUGGAAGCAAGGUCCUGCAAAUCGGUAAUCAAAACAGCGUUACUAACGUCGGAAACAUUGUGAAGAAAGACAGAAAACAAUCGAAAGAAAUGAAAGCUCAAGACAAAGACAACGAAAGUUAUGAGGACGAACCAAAGAAACAUUUAGCCGAGUUUAACAAAAACACAGAAAGCGAUAGUAAACCGGAUAUCAGAAGCAAAGACAUCAAGCAUCCUAGCAAUACGGAGAGACUGUCACAGAAAUUGGGAAACGAAACAAAACAAUCAAACGUGGCAAAGAGCGGCAACGAUUUAAGCGAUUCUGUAAAUCUUGUUUGCAAACAUAACGAAAACCAGAAGACAUACGAUCAUGUUGAACAACCAGCAAAAGAUGUAGUGAGCGGGUAUGAAUUGAAUAUACCAUUGGAAGAACCCCGCGUUCAUGCAAAUACCGACGCUAAAGGUGUUAAAGAUGUCGAACGAUACAUUUAUGAUGAAAAUACCCGGCUGACAGCAACGGUUUCUUAUCCUGACCUUCAAAAGAUGCCACGAAGCCAUUGGUCGCAAAAAAUUAUCGCCGGAGAAGGUCAUUUCAUGACCACAGAUGGUGGUCCUUCUGUAUUGCUUUUGAAAUCAUCACCAAACGCAAUUGAUCAUACUCAUCCACCUGUCUUUACCAAUACAAUGACAGAUGCUCACCUCAAUUCACUGGAUGAAAACACAGAGGUACAAAAGUUGGACGAUUACGCUUGGACUGAAGCAUACAAUGAAGAAACCAGAAUGUUCACAAGUAAUGAUUUAUCAGACGCGGACCUUUUUGGUUACGGCAGACAUGACCGUCAGAAUGUUGGUCGAGCAUUAUUUACGUCACGCUCCGCUACGUCGUUCUCAGACCUGGUCAACAAAUCCCUCGUGACUGAAGAAGAGAGUUUCAUUCUAACGAAUGUUAGUGACGUGGAUUGAUUUUAUCAAAAGAAGCGAAGCGCAUAGGGGCUUUAUCUUCAAAACUUCAAAAAUCAAACUUAGCUAAGGUCGAAUCAGAAGAUCUAUUUAUAGAUCUAUUGAUAGAUGAAUUACUAGUUUAUUAAAAUUAUGAAAUUA